UUUUGCAGGGGGUUACAUUUGCAGUCAGCUCAGUGUUUGCAAAUAUUGUGCAGGCUCCUGAGCAAGUGUCCUCUGCGAGCCACAGGAGAGUAGAGCAGCGGCAGCGUUUGGAGACUUUGUUAAUUGCUGUGCAAUUACAUUUUGCAUGAAACUUUGCUUUUUUUUUCCUUCCCAAUCUCCAAAAGGAAUUAAUAUUUUUUUUGUAUUUUUUUCUUCUCUGGAGUAAAGGGGGGUUUGGAAACAGACUAUAUAUUGAGAUCCCCCCCCUCCCCUCACAUACCUCCUCUGCCCAUAGAGGAGGCAUCUGUAUUUUUGUAACCAGAAUUGACUUUGUUGUUGCAAUUUAGACAUGGAUGUUCUCCCAAUGUGCAGCAUCUUCCAGGAACUCCAGAUUGUGCACGACACUGGUUACUUCUCAGCUUUACCAUCUCUGGAGGAAUAUUGGCAACAGACCUGUUUAGAGCUGGAACGAUAUCUUCAAAGUGAACCCUGCUAUGUAUCUGCAUCUGAAAUUAAAUUUGAUAGCCAAGAAGAUCUCUGGACCAAAAUUAUUCUGGCACGUGAGAAAAAGGAGGAAUCUGAACUGAAGAGUACAUGUAUUCCAAAAGAGGACAGUCCUAGUAGCCAGAAUUUAGAGACCAACAGUUUGAAUUCUGAUGUAAGCAGCGAGUCUUCAGACAGCUCCGAGGAACUUUCACCUACUACUAAGUUUACCUCUGAUCCUAUAAGUGAUGUUUUAGCCAAUUCAGGAAACUUGAGUUCAUCUGUCACUUCUACUCCCCCGUCUUCUCCUGAAUUGAGCAAGGAAACUUCCUCUCAGCUAUGGAAUUGUAUGCCAGGUGAAUUGCAUUCACCAGGUAAAAUUCGUACCGGUACCAUUGGAAAGACUGCAGAAAAAGGUACCCCAGUCAAUGGCGACUCUUCACCGGAUGGCCGGAGACGUGUCCACAGGUGUCACUUCAAUGGUUGCAGGAAAGUUUACACCAAAAGUUCACAUCUGAAAGCACAUCAGCGCACUCAUACAGGAGAAAAGCCUUACAGAUGUUCAUGGGAAGGGUGUGAAUGGCGUUUUGCAAGAAGUGAUGAGUUAACCAGACACUUCAGAAAGCACACUGGUGCCAAGCCUUUUAAAUGUAGUCACUGUGACAGGUGUUUUUCCAGGUCUGACCACCUGGCCCUUCACAUGAAGCGACACCUCUGAAUGGGUCAAGAGGUGAAUCCUGUGGGCUAAGCGGCUUCAAGGUUGAACAGCCUUGAAAGGAGGGAUGCGUGUUCCAGCCAAAGCAUGCCAUUUUGCACCCUACCCAGUUGCCUCCAGGACCUCUCUUUCUUGAAGGUCUUUUGAGGGCUAAUAAGUCACGUAAGAAACGGCAUGGCAACCGUGGUGCGUGAUGUUUGGGGUUUCCUGGACUCAUACACUGGUACCUAACCUUCUGAGUGGCUCCUAAGCCUUUGCCGUGAGCAUGUGCACUGAGAAUGUUAAUGAUUGGGUGACUGUUUGUUACUGAGGAUCUAUUGAUGACUGUAUGCUGAGGCACAUUUUUUUCUUCUGGUUGUUUUAUAACUGUAAGAGAAAAAAGUAGUCUGAAUGUUUUGUAUGUGAGGAAUAUACUGCAAGAUGGGACGACCACCAAUCAUUUCCAAGGGGUGGGGGGAGGGCUGUCUGCACCUUCUAGAGGGAAAAAAUGGAGAGAAGGAAAAGACAAAAAAAAGUCAGGACGCCAGAGUGGAGAUGGGGGAGCCCCCCUUUCCUGUAUGAGAGGAGCUUUAGGUGUCUGAUGCAGCUAUUAAACGUGCAAUGUGUCAAGUAGCUUGUUUUACUUGCUACAGAGCUCAUUUGUAAUCCAUUGUAUAAGCUGUGUAUUUACAAAUAUAACACAACUAUAACUUUACAUUAUAAUACAAAGGUUAUUGCAUGGUUCUGGGGAACUAUAUGCUUUUCCAUUCUUUAAUCAGGACUGCAGUUUUGAUUCCAGUUAAGAGCAGCUAAAAUACAAUUGGUCUCAUGUUACAUAAUGUAUGGAACCUGAAUAAUUUUUUCGGUUGGGUGGAUAAAACCACUAUAGGUUAGAAACUGAUUUUUCUCAUGCAGCUAAUUUUUCUCUUAUUUAUGCCUUGAGGACUAAUUUCUGGUUUUCUAGCUGUUUAAUGCACUGUUGACCUUAAUAAUGGUGCCUUAUGCAAGUGACCUUCUCUUGCAGGGGGUCUUAUACAGGGGUAUGGGUGAUGCAUGCUUUAUUAAGGCUCCUUUUUCACCUGGCAUUGUACUGUAUCAAAUGUAUGAUGGGGGGUGGUGGUGGGGAAAAAGGCUACUUCCAGGGUCCUCCUUCACAAAGACAAAUAUAGAGAAAAGUCCUUCAUGUCAGUACAGUAUUUGUUUAACUUAGACAAUUUGACUGUGUUACAGUAUAAUGCAUACAGCAAUUGAAUACCUGACCAGUUCUGCCACCUUGAGACUUUUUUUAUAUAUUGACCUUGCACAACAAUUGUGUAUAUACACACCCAGCUGUACUUAAUAUGUAACAUUUCAAGCAUAUUAAAGAUACAGAAGUAUUAAAAGAUGUAUUUGCUUAAAUGGCACAAGUUUCACAUCUAUAUAUCUAGCUAUCUGUUGGUAAUACAGAAAGAAACUAUAAUACUUUUUUAAAGUGGGCAGAAAAAUUCUUGUGUAUGUAUAUUUGUGUGUACAGUCUGUGUAUGUGUGUAUAUAUAGAUAAUAUAUAAAUAUUUUUAAAGGAAAAAAUUGGAACGUGUAGCUAGAAAAUACAACAGCCUGUGAAGAUUUCCCCUUCCCCCCACCCCAAUAUGGCCAUAAAGGAGGCAAAGAAAUGAAAGAUACAGCUAUUUAAAAUCUAGCAUUUUUAGAGGCUUUACCUUUAGCAUAACAGUUUACUAAAGGCUUUUUUGGCAUUGAGUCCUUCUCAGACUGCUGACUGGGUUUUGUAGUUAUUGGCUUGUCUGGAAUAGCAUAUCUGUGGCCAUUAAAAUGGCAUGGACUGAAUAUUAGCACACUAAAGGAAUGCUAGCUGGGUUCAGAUGACAUACACUCAGAUUUAGGCCUUCAAGUUUAUUGGAGGAUCUGAAAGUGAGCUAGUUACAGUAGGGGUUGAAUUCUAAUUUUAAAUAGUUCAGCUAAAAUGAAGACAUAAGGCUAUUUUCUCCUAGAUUAGAAAUAGUUUGUCCAAAAGUAGUAAACUUUU